AUGUUUCUCCGUUCCAUGGUUGAUAAUUUAACGAUAAAGUUGAUCGUUCAUAAGAGAUGCUUUUCGAAAAUUAGUAUUGCUGAAUAUCUUUUAGAUAGGACGAGAAGACCAGAAGAAGUUUUAAGUCGUCUUACUCCUGAGGAUACAGAAAGAUUAGAGUUUUGUAUGACAGAAUAUCGGAAUAUGCUUGAAAGAGGUGCUGAUGUUCCGAAAUCUUUAAACGACAAAGAUAUUCUGAACCUGUUAUGUUGUCCCAGUUACACAUCUCGCACGAAAUUUCUGAGAUUUCUAUACAAGUGUGAAAAGCGCGAAGAAAAUGCCGUUUUAAAAAAGAUAAACAAGGUGAAGGUUGUUCCUGAAAGAAAACCCGCAUCAUGUGACCGUAUUCUUCGAGUAAUUGAUGACAGGUGUAUCCGUUCGCAUUGGGAUUUUUGGCAAGCUUCUGAAAUUCGAUGUCCUGAUUCGGCUCAGCCUUUAUUAUUUGAUUUCUCGCAUGAAUCUGAGAUGAGACUAGUCGAUAUUAAGUCUCUUUCGAAUCAAAUGACCUAUGUGCUUAACAGAAAUCGUGUAAUGAAACCUCAUCCAUUCAGUUUAGUGCUUUGUGGUUUAAAACAAGGAACAAACCAGUUUACCUAUAUGGAAGAAGCCUUUGGUGUACAUGCGAAGAAAACAACCAUCAAAAGCCUAAAUGAGCUUCCAUGGACUAUCACCCCCAACCAUUUUUCCCAUGAAUAUCCUAUUCAUGAUCCAGAACAUCCUGUUAUACUCUUGUCUCCAGAUGCACGUCGAACAUUUGAAGCUGGUGAAUAUGAUCAUAACGCAAUUUAUGUCAUUGGGGCAAUAGUGGAUAAAGCUAUUCGAAGGCCAAUUUCUUCUGCGAUAGCCCGACAGUUACGUAUAAAAUCUAUCAGUCUACCUUUGGAUCGCUAUUUAAAAUGGGGAAGUGGCAAAAGUAAAUCAUUAUCUAUAAACUGCAUUCACGGAAUAAUGGCUGUAGCCAAGGAAACUAAUGGAGACUGGAAGAGAGCUCUAUUUGAAAAUAUUCCUACACGAUGUUAUUAUUCUCCAUCAAAUGAAACUGUUAUACCUAAAAAUGCAUAA